AUGGCUUGUCGGCCUUUGCUAUUGCUGGCCGUAUUGGCCUGCAUUUUUACCGUGCCCGCUGCCGCGCAAUGCAGCAACACUGGUGCCGUGGCAAAUGUUGCUGCCAUCCAGACUUUGCUCAACAAUGCAGCCAUGACCACCAUCUGUCUUCCCGCACAAACCUACGCCUUCGGCUCUUCCGGUACCCCGUUGACGAUCACUCGCAACGUGAAUAUUGUGGGCACAAACACAAUCUUCACGAUUGGCUCCAACGCGGCUCGGUUUUUCACCAUAUCAGCCAACCUCGCACUGGUCAACAUUACCGGCCUGACCCUCGAUGCAACAGGCUCUUCAUACACAAGUCAAGGCCGGUGCAUUUCCGUUGCCGCUAACACCCGUUUAGUUCUAGGGAACACCAAGUUCAUCGGUGCAGCGUCGCUUCAAGGCGCGCUAUAUCUGACAUCAGGUUCCAGUGCCGAGGGUACCGGCCUUUCGUUCUCUGCCUGUGGAUACUCUUCGGGACUUUUCGGCUCUACUUCAUACGGCAGCGCAGUGUAUUUGGAAGGGUCGACAACAUUCACUUGUACUGGCUGCACGUUCAAGGACAGUGUGAAUGGAUACAAUGUUUACGGCGGUGCAUUUUAUCUGGCAACCAAGUCGUACGUUCGGAUCUAUGAUUCAACAUUCAGCACCAAUGCCGCAGGCUACGCUGGUGGAGUCGCCGACGUGGAGAACAACUCUGUGUUUGAGGUUUUCAACUCGAACUUUACUGGAAACUUUGCGGAUACAGACAGCAGCGGCGGUGGCGUGGUUUACGCAAAGGAUGGCACCAGCGUUUGGUUCCAAGGUUGUAACUUCAUGAGCAACUCUGCCAAGGGUCAAUCAGGAGGCGUUAUUUUUGCUGGCGCGACGGCAAACAUUACCUUGCUUCAAUCCACAUUCACCACCAACACGGCGAGCUCAUAUGGUGCAAUCGUCUACACUGGGACGCAACCUUCCAUUAACAUCAUCGGAUCGACAUUCUCCUCCAACUCGGCGACAAUUGGUGGAAUUGUCUACACUGGUGGCACAGCCUCCAUUACGAUCAGCGGAUCAACAUUCACCUCCAACUCGGCGACUUCUUCAAAUGGCGGUGUAGUGUACACCGCCACCAUUACGAUCAGCGGAUCGACCUUCACCGCCAACAAAGCGACGAGUGCCGACGCUGGCGUUCUGUACGUCGGAAACGGCGCCGGCAUCAUCAUUGACAAUUCAACGUUUACCUCGAAUACGGCGUACACAGACGCUGGUGUGAUUCGCACCGGAACCACGUCCCAAGUCACCAUCACAUCCAGCACCUUUUCCCAAAACUCGGCUUCGGGCGCUGGUGGUGUGUUCUUGCUGGAAGGCGCAAGCUCCGCGGUUGUUGCGUCCGACACCUUGUUUUACAGCAACCAAGCCAUCAGCGGUGGAGUUUUGGAUAUGAUUUCAAGCAACACUCUGCGCGCAUCCUUCUUCCGCUGCAACUUUACGGCAAACCUGCUCUCGUCUGCGUCCGGUACUGGCGGCACAGUGUUCCGCGUUCGUAACAACCAGAUUGUUGUCGUGGAUACAACCUUGACCGGCAACGUUCGCGCAUCGACCACGAACAAUGUUGGCAUGAUUCAGGUGGAUUCAACUGGAAGAGUCGGUGUCGUCAACUCGCAGCUGUCGGGCAACAGUGGCACCAAGCAAUUUGAUGCUCUUUUGGCGUCAGCUACCCUGCUGACCUUGGGCGCGAACAUUACUCCAUCCGGCACGACAAUGAUUAACGAGCCAAAUCUUGCCGCGUAUUGCAUCGAUUGCAAGGCGAUCGCUCCUUUCCUCUGCACUGCUGUUCCAGCUUGCGCCUUUGUGUCCUCGUCGCGAGUUAUGACACCGACAUCCUUGUUGUCUUCGGCAACGCCUUCUUCUGCCACUCCAUCGUCUGCUACGCCAUCAGUGACGCCUUCGUCUGCCACUCCUUCGUCCGCCACUCCAUCUGUGACGCCUUCGUCCGCCACUCCAUCUGUGACGCCUUCGUCCGCCACUCCAUCUGUGACGCCUUCGUCCGCCACGCCGUCGGUGACGCCUUCGUCUGCCACUCCGCUGUCCGUCACACCGUCUUCUGACACUCCAUUGGUCGAGUCAUCCUCCGCGAUUCCCGCUUCGGUCACGCCGUCCUCGGACACCCCCUCGCUCACACCGUCCUCUCACACUCCCCCUGUGGUCGAGUCGUCGGCUACGCCUUUGUCAUCCGAUACACCAGUGUCUUCCCAUACGCCAGUGCCAUCCGAUACACCCCUGUCCUCUGCGACACCUUUGUCAUCCGAUACACCUCUGUCUUCUGCGACACCACCCCUGUCCUCUGCGACACCAGAUUCGAGCGAGACGAGCUUGCCUGAGGCCUCGAGCGCCACCCCUUCGUCCCAUUCCGUGCUUCAUUCUCAGACUCCCGUAUCGUCCACCCGCGUGGCUACAUACACGGGCGUCGGGCCCAACAGCCAAGGAGCAUCGUCCAACAACACUGCCAUCAUUGGCGCGGUUGCGGCUGGCGUGGUGCUGCUCGUGCUGCUGUGCCUGUUCCUGGUUGUGCAUCGCCGUCGUCGCCAAACCAAGUCAAAGCGCAAGUCACCCUCGAGCGAUAUCGAGCUCUCCCAUCAGUUUGAGAUUCACGGCAAUCCGCUUGCGUAUGCCACCCAUACAAGCGACGCAGCGGGCGCGGAUGGCAAUGAGCUGUACAACAAUCCGUUGUUUGCCAACCCGGUGUACGACGACCUGUCGGCCACCGCAGCCACGAAAACGUACGACGAGCUGAUCGGCACGGAAUCGACCUACGACACAUUGGCCGGGGCCUCGACGUACGAUAGCUUGCACGCCCCUGCAUACGACAAGGAGCAGGAGGCCUUGUAUGGCAAUGUCGAUGCUCCAGCAGCAGACGUUGGCCAAGCAGACUCUGGCCAAACCAACUAUGCCAGCAUCGUGCAGCGCGGCUCGCAACAGCUCGAUCCCGUCCCGUCUGGUUCGGAUGGAGGUUCGCAAUCCAACUCGACUCUUCAUUGA